AUGGAGGCAGCAUGUCGUAUGCUCAUCAAUAUGUUGGACCACAGAUCAAGGAGUUUCCUCACAAGGCACCGCUGUCGACAUCCUGUGGUUUUCCAUGAGACUGGUUAUGACUGCGUGACCUCCUCUGGGAAACAACGAUUAACCAGUACAACACAAGACACCUUGCACGGUUUAGCAGCACCAACAAGCAAUGCAACGCAUCUCAAGCAACCCUUGCGGACCAGCCUCCGCUCUUUGCAGGCUGUAAGAGACAGCCGGGGUGGAGAAGACCAUGCCCAGUGCCCUGCAGAGCGCAUCAGUUGUCUCACUUGUCCUCACACGCCAAAGACCAUGUCAGGCUUAUCACCAGCCCAGACGCAGAAGAGUAGCUGGUCUUCGUCGUUUUCUUCUACGUACAUGGGCUCCACAGGGUCAUUAGUGGGAUCGCAGCAAAGUUUGGGGCAAUCAUCCGUCCAGACGAUGUCUCUUAAAGGAUUGCGGAGAGCCCAGUCCCUCAGCCCCUCAAACAGCAGAAUUCCCCACCCUGCCAAGGGAUUUUCAAGAGGCGCAUACCUGUCUGGGCAGAGCCGUAUUUUUGCCUCACCUGAGAGGUCUACUGCACUGGCUUGGGGAAGAAAUGUUCGUUCUACCCGUAGAUAA